AUGCGGUCCGCGUUUAGGUUUCGUUCGGAAUAUCUGCGCGCAAAAAACAUCUUUUGUGACAAGCGUGUGAAUACAAGCGAGCCCUUUGUCCGCGACGCGACGCACUGCUGUCUGUCUCCCGACGCGGACAUGCUCGCCGAUCUUUAUCGUUCCACACUGGUAUACUACAUACAGCCUGAUCGUCAUUCCAGUUACAACUUCACUCACCUCUCUGCACACACCACCUCCACGCAGCGACGCACGCCUGUCACGUCGUUGUCC